AUGGAGCCCAGGGAGCUGGGGGUCGGGGAGGACUCAGACUGCAGGCUGCAGGAGCUACACAGGCCUGGUGGGGGCGGCUGGGCCAGACGGCUGCAGACUGCUGCUACUGCUCUUGGCUCUGCUGGUAAUCUUGAGACGGAGAGCUUUGACACUGUUUACAAAAUGAGUGGCUACUGUAUAGAUGGUCUUGGUGUAUGGAAAAUACAAUAAAUGGAUGCAUGCAGAUUAUGUGAACUGUUAAUGGAUCCAUGUUAAUAGAGCAAGGAAGGAGAUAACCAAUCUAAUCGAACAUAUGGUACAUUUGAUUUGCCACAGAUGUAGGCUUGUUUCCAGGUCAGAUGACACACAAGCUCACAUUUCAUUACCAUUCAAAGAUCAUGGUUGUGAUUAGAUAAUGAGUAUACUCCUUUGAUACUCUUCUCUCAGCGUUUUUGGCCCCUAAAACAUGCAGGUUUUGUUCCAGCAAAGGCAAAAUAACAUCCUCUACAACAAAGGGACUGGUCUUUUGAGUUUAGAAGAGUGAUAUUGUAUUGUAUUGUAUCAAACAACAUAUUUUCAGGUUUUUCCUGAAAGUACAGUCACUGUAUGCUGAAAAGGGCAUGUUUAAUCACCAUGGUUACAGCUCCCCCUCCCACUCCCCUCACCAGAGAAGAAUUGUUUACCAUCUCUACUCCAGACUCAAUAACAUGCCAAUCAUCCAGAACCGCCCCUGCAAGUCUGUUAUUAGUCCACAAGAAAUCUCUCCCAGUUACACCCCCUCAAACUCCUCCCCCGUAAAUCAUGAAUCUUUUCCCAACUGUCUGUUGCACACGUCGCACAUCCUAUUCAUGACACUGGCAAAUUGGAUAUCCAUGAUUAUAAGAAUUUAUUUAAUAAUAAUAAUAAUAAUCCAAUGUGUAUAAUAAUGUGUUAUUUUUAUUUAAUAACUGUUAUUUUUGUUAUUACUAUAGUAUUAUAUUUAUUGUUUUUAUUUCUGGCCUUGGAAAGCAUAGAUAUUACAAAAUCGGAAACUAAAUCAAAGUGUAUUGGUCAUGUACACAGACUUUCAGAUGUUAUCGCAGGUGCAGUGAAAUGCUUAUGUUUCUAGUUCCAACAGUGCAGUAAUACCUAGCAAUACAAUACAAUACAUACAUAAUCCAAAAAGUUAAAAGAAACCAUUUAUAAAUAUCAGAAUGAGCAAUGUCAGAGUCCGGAAUAUAAAUACAGUUGAAGUCUGAAGUUUACAUACAGUGGGGAAAAAAAGUAUUUAGUCAGCCACCAAUUGUCAAGUUCUCCCACUUAAAAAGAUGAGAGAGGCCUGUAAUUUUCAUCAUAGGUACACGUCAACUAUGACAGACAAAAUGAGGAAAAUCCAGAAAAUCACAUUGUAGGAUUUUUAAUGAAUUUAUUUGCAAAUUAUGGUGGAAAAUAAGUAUUUGGUCAAUAACAAAAGUUUCUCAAUACUUUGUUAUAUACCCUUUGUUGGCAAUGACACAGGUCAAACGUUUUCUGUAAGUCUUCACAAGGUUUUCACACACUGUUGCUGGUAUUUUGGCCCAUUCCUCCAUGCAGAUCUCCUCUAGAGCAGUGAUGUAUUGGGGCUGUCGCUGGGCAACACAGACUUUCAACUCCCUCCAAAGAUUUUCUAUGGGGUUGAGAUCUGGAGACUGGCUAGGCCACUCCAGGACCUUGAAAUGCUUCUUACGAAGCCACUCCUUCGUUGCCCGGGCGGUGUGUUUGGGAUCAUUGUCAUGCUGAAAGACCCAGCCACGUUUAAUCUUCAAUGCCCUUGCUGAUGGAAGUAGGUUUUCACUCAAAAUCUCACGAUACAUGGCCCCAUUCAUUCUUUCCUUUACACGGAUCAGUCGUCCUGGUCCCUUUGCAGAAAAACAGCCCCAAAGCAUGAUGUUUCCACCCACAUGCUUCACAGUAGGUAUGGUGUUCUUUGGAUGCAACUCAGCAUUCUUUGUCCUCCAAACACGACGAGUUGAGUUUUUACCAAAAAGUUAUAUUUUGGUUUCAUCUGACCAUAUGACAUUCUCCCAAUCCUCUUCUGAAUCAUCCAAAUGCACUCUAGCAAACUUCAGACGGGCCUGGACAUGUACUGGCUUAAGCAGGGGGACACGUCUGGCACUGCAGGAUUUGAGUCCCUGGCGGCGUAGUGUGUUACUGAUGGUAGGCUUUGUUACUUUGGUCCCAGCUCUCUGCAGGUCAUUCACUAGGUCCCCCCGUGUGGUUCUGGGAUUUUUGCUCACCGUUCUUGUGAUCAUUGUGACCCCACGGGGUGAGAUCUUGCGUGGAGCCCCAGAUCGAGGGAGAUUAUCAGUGGUCUUGUAUGUCUUCCAUUUCCUAAUAAUUGCUCCCACAGUUGAUUUCUUCAAACCAAGCUGCUUACCUAUUGCAGAUUCAGUCUUCCCAGCCUGGUGCAGGUCUACAAUUUUGUUUCUGGUGUCCUUUGACAGCUCUUUGGUCUUGGCCAUAGUGGAGUUUGGAGUGUGACUGUUUGAGGUUGUGGACAGGUGUCUUUUAUACUGAUAACAAGUUCAAACAGGUGCCAUUAAUACAGGUAACGAGUGGAGGACAGAGGAGCCUCUUGAAGAAGAAGUUACAGGUCUGUGAGAGCCAGAAAUCUUGCUAUUUUGUAGGUGACUAAAUACUUAUUUUCCACCAUAAUUUGCAAAUAAAUUCAUUAAAAAUCCUACAAUGUGAUUUUCUGGAUUUUUUUUUUCUCAAUUUGUCUUUCAUAGUUGACGUGUACAUAUGAUGAAAGUUACAGGCCUCUCUCAUCUUUUUAAGUGGGAGAACUUGCACAAUUGGUGGCUGACUAAAUACUUUUUUUCCCCACUGUACACUUAGGUUGGAGUCAUUAAAACUGGUUUUUCAACCACUCCACAAAUUUCUUGUUAACAAACUAUCAUUUUGGCAAGUCAGUUAGGACAUCUACUUUGCAUGACACAAGUAAUUUUUACAACAAUUGUUUACAGACAGAUUAUUUCACUUAUAAUUCACUGUAUCACAAUUCCAGUGGAGCAGAAGUUUACAUACACUAAGGUGACUGUGACUUUAAACAGCUUGGAAAAUUCCAGAAAAUGAUAUCAUGGCUUUAAAAGCUUCUGAUAGACAAGUUAAACAAUUUAAAGGCAAUGCUACCAAAUACUAAUUGAGUGUAUGUAAACUUCUGACCCACUGGGAAUGUGAUGAAAGAAAGAAAGAAAAUAAAUAAAUCAUUCUCUCUACUAUUAUUCUGACAUUUCACAUUCUUAAAAUAAAGUGGUGAUCCUAACUGACCUCUAAGACAGGGAAUUUUUACUAGGAUUAAAUGUCAGGAAUUGUGAAAGACUGAGUUUAAAUGUAUUUGGCUAAGGUGUAUGUAAACUUCCGACUUCAACUGUAAAUAAAUAUAUAUAAAUGAUAUAUGGCUUUAAAUUAAAUUCCAUCAAAUCUGUAUCCAGUUAGAUUAUUUUACUAUUUUACUAUUUACUUUGUGAUAGAGCAAAUACAGAUGCAUGCACAUAGAAUAGGCUACUAUUCUAUGGUUGUGCAGCAUCGUUGCGUGCGGGCUGCAAACAUGUCACUAGUCUCCCCAGAUGUAAACACUGUAGUACUAGUCUAUGCAAGUACCCUGGUUCGAGCGACAUCACAUGUCAUGCAUUCAAAUAACCCAGAGGAUGAUUGGUGCACAAUGCUCUUUUCAAGGAUAAGUGUUGUAAAAAAAAAAAAAAUGAAAUCCUGUUAUAAAAUAUUAAGAAUAUGAACAUCAAACGGUGAAAUGUUAUUUUUCCCAAAAAUGAUUCGUCCUGUGGGAGAAAAACAUGCGUCAAUUGAAACCUCGAGUCUCCUUAUCAGAGUGGAGCAGAGCAUUUUGUGACAGACAGAGAGCGAGAAAGAGAGGGGAGGGGGCCGUCGGCAGGACGGUGGGUCACAUCAUGUUCCCAAAGGCUACAAAACCCAACAGCUCCCCAUGAUUGUGAGCCCUCUCGAUGCAAGGAUCUAACCCUCUCUCUCUGAUGCAGAUGCUGCUUGUCAGCCAAACCUAUGUUUGUCUCAGACCACUUAUCUGCAUCCUGGCCCUGCAGUUGCAUUCCUGCAGCAAGAUGAACAUUCUCAUCCCUCUACUACAGUGCUAGAGGAUAUUCAGGGUUUAUUAUAGCCUAUAUUUGAGACUAGUUUCUUGAAGUUUGUUAUUGUGUUGGUGCAGAGGACAAAGGGGUUAACAUUCUACUCCUUGAUUACUGAGCUGCCCAGAACACUCUGGGGAUUCUUUACAUAGGCUCCUCCAGACCACAGGCAGCAACAUAUUACAGGAAAAACAUCCAAGUGGGUCAUUGGGCUUUUAUACAGCAUGUAUGUUUUCCAGUCUGUUACAGCACUGAUUUUACUGUAGCUCUUCGUUCAUUCUCAAUUUAUUACGUGGAGGGUACUGGAAUGUGUGGAUGUCUCUGUGGUGAGCUCUCUCUCUCUCUCUCUCUCUCUCUCUCUCUCUCUCUCUCUCUCUCUCUCACUCUCUCACUCUCACUCUCACUGUCUCUCUCUCUGUCUCUGUCUCUCUCUCUCUGUCUCUCUCUGUGUGUGUGUGUGUUCAUUGUGUUGUUUACUACAGAGGAGAUGGACCGUGCUGCUCCUCACGUUGCAGUGAUUUUGCAGCGGGGGCAGGCUGGGCAGCUGCAGUGUCUAUGGCGUCUGACCUGACGGUUUUCACUGGGAGAGAGGAGGGAGAGAGAGAUUGUGCAGGGAUAAGAGUAUGGUACAAAACCCCUACACCCACUCCCCAACCCUCUGCAGCAGGAGUGUGUUGUCAGCUCUCUCCUCUACUGAUGGUCACACAUGACUGGGCACGACAACAAUUUACAGCUAACUUAGAUAAUAUUGUCCAGCCCAUUAAGAAAGCUAAGCCCAGUGUUUGGCAUGUAUUAUUCCAGUAUCAUAAUGAACUCUUGAAUUAUUAAUGAAGGAUAACUGAAAGUGCACUUUUUAUACUGUAUCUAUUUACAUUUUAGCCUCAAUUCAGUGAUAUACAUGUAAAUUGUGAUUAAUCUCCAAUAGAUCCAAUACUGUGCAAUAUAGAGCAUUACUUCCUGAUAAGGACUAUUGGGCCUAACUAACUCCUAAAAUGAUGAGACAUGCUCUCUGACCAGUCCUGCGUGGAGCCCCUUCCUUGUUAGGCAGUCUGGUGGUCUCUUCCCUUUCCUCUGAAGCAGUGGAAACCCACAAUGUCAUGCAUAGCUGUGUGUAGAGUAGAGUAGCGUGGAAAUAGGCUGGCUGCACAUCUAUAAAUAAAGGAUUGUAUCCUUGAUACCACGGGUUGUUUGUUCACACAGGGAAAUGGUCUUGACUUAUAUGGAUUGUGAGGCAGCAGCUCCCCCCUCUUCCUCCCAGCGGAAGGUAUGCAUGUUUGGAAUUUCUCUUCAUUGAGGAAUCUGUUCAAAUGAUGCGGAUCCUCUCCCAACGAGGCCCCUUUGAGCUUGCCUGGGCUGCCCCCUUUUGGUAGAGUUCCAAGAAAUUAAUGGCUUCCUGUUUGUUUUUUUCUCUCUCCCUGCUUUUUUCUCUCUCUCUGCUCACCUCUAUCAUGAAAAUACGGGAAUCAACUCCGAGAUCAAUGACUAAUAUGUGUUGGCAUUGGAUAGGCUAGUUAAAGGAAAAGCAUUUGUCUUCAUGGACUAGGUCCAGAAUGGCUGGGUAUUUAUGGAGCAUUGAGCCAGAGCCUGGUUAGAGAGUUGGAAUUGGAACGAGGAACAGUGCAUCUAUAUAUAGCUCAUAAAAGGGCCAUUUGGCUAUUUAAGGAAGUGUAGUUCUCAUUUACCACCCAUACUCAUUCCACUGUAUCUAUGCUGUGGUAGGGUUUAUGAAAGGUUUUCCAUCAUCUCAUUCACUCAUGUGUGCUAAAGGUGAGGGGCUGAUCAGUAAAAAACAAAUUAUCUCAUACUGGAUGGCAAUAAAUGAAGUGAUUAGCCUAAGUUUUGGCUAAAGGUAUCAGAAGAAUUAAAAAGGAUCAUGGCUGUGUUGUUUUAACCAAACAGCUGAAAAUGUUAGUAUUUUUUGUUCUGUUUUUCUGUUGAUUACAAAACUCUGAUGGAAUGUUUGCAUAACCUCUUGUAUGUUCAGCUUGUGAUUUGACCAAAUGUGAGAAAGAAUCUCAACUAUUUGAGAAAUGGUUAAGAGUGGGAAUGAUGAAAGAGUGUCCUCCCUUGUGAGGAGGAUAAGUGCUAUGCUAGUUUCUACUGUGGGAGUAUAAUGUGUUUGCUCUGCAGCAUUGCUGUAGUGCAUUGUCACGUUCUUCUUAACUUACACUGAUGUUUGGUGAAACAGCAUGAAAUAUUCAUGUUGAGAUUAGUUUAGCCCCACUCCCUUUCUCCCCUGAUUCACAAAGCACCGCUGAUCUUCUGACACCAGACACAUCUUAUACAAGCAAACAAUCUUGUCUCUCGAAAAAACACCCCUACUAUACUCACUCUCUCUCUCUUUCUUUCUUUUUCUCAUACUCUUUCUCUCUCUGCAUCACACCCAGUAUACACCUAAUCGAGGCUCAUUCUAUAUGUCAGUAUGCAGAUUCAUUACCCAAAUAAACACAAUAGUGCUGAGGCGUGUAUAGGCCUGAACAGACAGGCCUAUACACAUGUGUAUGUGUGUUUGGCUGUGCCCGUCCAGCCUGCAGCGCUUGGCGCCAGGAGGCCUUUGCUAAGCAACCAGGAGUGUCGUCGUGUCGCUCGCCGUUGGCCUUCUCAGUUGGAGUUGGUAUUUUACUAGCUAGAUCCUCUUCAGACAGGGGACAAUCAUUUGCAAAAAGCACUGGGUCACCAAGAGCUCCUCCAAAUCAAUUCACUUGGGUCCACACCCGGGCCUGUCUCUGUGUAGUAAACUUCCCUUGGCCUCCAGAUUAGAGCGCCUGUCAUUGUGGAUGAGUUACCAUGGGGAUAUGCUGCCUCACUUUCCCUCAUGCAUCCCUGGGCUCCUGAAAAAGUAAUUUUCCCUUUCCUGACUAAACUCAGGUGACCUUUAACACAUUAGAACUAGUGAGUCUCCUUUCCUCCUCUUCUCCUGCUGGAGACAUCACCAAAUAGCACGUAAGGAUUAUAAUAAGCAGUACUAACUAUGGGUUAAUACCACUUAGGUCUAAACAUCUUACAGCACAGGCCUAAUACCUGGGCGGAUAUUCAGAGCUGAUUACAGGCGGAUUUAAAGUAUAGUCUUGUAGUUGGAGAGUUGAUAGGGCAGCAAAUCCAAUGGACUGUUUCGAGCCUGUCUUUCCUACAAUUGUAACCAAAGUCAGUGUCUGUCUCAACCAGAGGGAAUGCUUUGUUAUUGAUACCACAUUGUUGUGCGGUUCAGUCCCUUUGCUAUCCUCAGUAAACACUGACUAUUCUGUUAUUCAUGUCGCUAAAAGCUUAAUUUGAAACAUGCCAGUGUUCUCCACAUAAUAAUUUUACUGUUGAUUUUCUCACGGUCCUGAAGGAAGUUCAUCUGUCUUGGAAGCUGCUCUGGUAGUUUGGAUAGGAGUUCUGAGCUCUGUAAGUGGCGUCAUUUUUGUCCCUAGUUAAGGAAUAAUAUUGGUAAACCAAUGAAAUACAUCAAUGUUGUUUCUCAAGCAAUUGACUGAAAAUCAGACAGCUCUGUCUCUGUCUAGCUGUCUGAUGAGGGUUUUUUCUCUUGUCUUGGGUGGUAGGUCCCUUAAUAACAAACAUACUUGAAUAAAGGGAUGCACUGUAAUCUGGUAGGGGCGCACUGUACUGUGCGCCCGUAGGUUCUUCUCAGUGGGACCUCAUCCUGGAGCCCUCCCCUGCUCCUGGAGUCAACGGCAAUCCAUCUACUGGCGAGACAACCGCAUUAUUUCUCUCUCCUCUCUCUUUCCCUUCCCUCAAAUUCCCUUUAAUAGUCCCAAACAGCAAUAAUAUGUAUCUGUAGUGGGGCCAGCUCUGCAGUUUACUAACAAGGCUGGCAUAGAGCAGCGUGGGGCCCUGCGCAAACAUUCGACGCCCUGACGGCACACCGCUUCCUCUCUGACAGCGCUCUCCAGCUCCCCAGCUCUGCUCAGCGAUUACCAUUUUACAGCCCACUAAUCCUAAUGCCUGCCUCUCCUCGACCUCCAACGAUCACAGAACAGGCUAGGCACGCACACAUAGUGUGUAAACGCACACACACACACAUGCACACACACAUGCACACACACACACACACACACACACAUACACUUAAUCCGAGUCUCAUCAUGUCACCUAUCCUCACUCCUGUCCUCAGAACACUUGAUAUAGAUCUAAUAAUAGUUCACCCAUUUAACUGUUUUUCCUCUCCAGGGAAAGAAGCUCAUAAAUGUAUUCCGGUCUAAAAGCCUUUUAAUUUAUUGUAUUUUGAGACUGUAUAUGAGCUUAAACAGUGAGCUGUGCUUUAUCUGUUAGCUGCAUUAGUGUGUUCCCUCUCUGACCCUGUCAUCCAGACCUAUAGUAAUAUGGUGACUGUUUACUCUGACCCAGUCAUGUCAUCUCACUAACCUGUUUCUCUCUGUCUGUGUUUCUUCCAGUGUGCCCAGAGAAGAAGUGUGAGCGGAUGGCAUGUACGGACGGUGGAGAGUGUUGCCAUGCCCAGUGCCUGGGAAGCUGUACGGAGCCGGACAACGACAUGGCCUGCGCAGCCUGCCUGCACUACUACCACGAGGGCCGCUGCGUACAGGACUGCCCCCCAGACACCUACAAGUUUGAGGGCUGGCGCUGCAUCACCAUGGACCUGUGUGCCCGCGUGCACCUGCCCAGCGACUUUGACUUUGUCAUCCACGAAGGAGAAUGCAUGCCUGAGUGUCCAUCAGGCUUUACACGAAAUGAGAGCAAUAGGUAAGAGAGCAGAGAUCACACUUCACCUCAAGGGCUCUAAAGGGAUCUCCAGGAUCAAGCAUGGUCCUGGUUAUGAGUCAUCUAUACUAUUAUAUACAGCACUAUUUUGAUUUCCCUCCAGUCAUUGUGAUUGUAUACAGUCCUCUGGUUGUGGGGUGUCUUUCUAGCCCUGUGGGUGUUUUUUUGCGUUAUGAAUUUGCAUGCAGAGGUCUUCUGAAUAAUUCACCUCUAUUUGAACGCCUUCCCCACCUGGUCCUCUCAGAGAGUCAAUUCUUAAAGAGAAGCUUCAGAGCUAAAAAUGCUUCAGGCAGAAAGUCAUGCUAGGUCAUGAAUGAUUGAAGCCUGGGGACUUUCCAUGUCAUUCAGAAUCAGAGGAAGAUGCUGAUCUCAGUGCCCGGUAUACAAGACUCAUCCAUUGGUGAAUUUCCGUAAGAUACAAAAAAUACUUUUGGAACGUUGCUUGAAGGCGUUCAGGAGGGAUUCAUCAUAGCAACGCUGUAACUCGGGACAUUUACCCCAUUUGACAUUUCCCCUGUUUGAAUAAGAGAAUGUCUUUGUUUGUGACUCAGGGUAACUUGUCUCCAUAUUUUGAUUUUCAUUCUCCAAACAUUCCAUGUUGAGUCGUUGUUGCCAUAUAUUUGUGGCCAUAUCAGUCUUUUUUUGUUGUCUUUGGGGCCAUUUAGUGAGUCACUCUCUCACUAAACCAAGGGUUCAAUUAAGGACUCAUAAAAGAUUACACAGUUCACAAAGAAAGUGACCUUGUAUUUCAAAGCAAAAAUUAGACACAUUUUUUAAAUUUUUGGGUAGUUAGGGUGAGGCAUCGUAAUCUUGUUUCUUGGAAAUUGUAGUUUUGUAAAGUUUUAUUUGGUUAAGGACAUUCCUUGACUGUUUUCCCUCUUCUCUCCCCCUUCUCUCUCUUCCUCAAUCACAGUAUGUUCUGCAGUGCCUGUGAUGGCCUGUGUGAUAAGAUCUGUGACUCCAAGACCAUCGACUCAGUGGAUGCUGCUCAGUCUCUAAUGGGCUGCACAGUCAUCAAAGGCAACCUGCACAUCAACAUCCGCCGUGGCAGUGAGUACCAGUACCAGUACCAGUAACCAGGACCACUCAGUCUGUCUGUCUCCCAGUGACCGGGAGGGGGGCUCGGAGCCGCUGGGAGAGCUAGUGUGGGCCGCAGAGUCAAUAUUACAUCAGCUGCCUGCUCUGUGCCCCAUACCAAUUAUCACAUUAUGCUAUUAUGCUAUUUAUUUGCUCAGUUUACAGGGUGACUUACAGCUUAUCUUUAGAUAUGAAAAUGUUUGUACAACUCUGGAUUUGCCGGGGCCGGGGUAAUUCUCCUCUAGAGCAUUGAGCAUAGACGUAGUAGUAGUACAGUUGCCUGUGGGAUUUGAUGUGUUCAGAGCUGGGGUUCUCACACGCUGACUGUUGUGUCUGAGUAUGUGUUUGCUAACUCUCCACUCUCCUCUCUCCAGAUAACAUCGCCUCAGAGCUGGAGAGCUUCAUGGGGCUGAUCCAGACAGUGACAGGCUAUGUGAGGAUCCGCCACUCCCACACGCUAGGCUCGCUCUCCUUCCUCAAGAGCCUGCGCUACAUCAACGGGGAGGAGCUCACGGAAGGGUACGGCAGGCUGCUCUCUGAGUCCGAGCUGUGUUUGGGGAUUAGAGGACGUGUCAGCCUUGAACCACAGCCUAGACAGGAAGGAUGUUGUCACUUUAAUAUCAGCGAGGUUCAGCCAUACAGUGGGGAAAAAAAGUAUUUAGUCAGCCACCAAUUGUGCAAGUUCUCCUACGUAAAAAGAUGAGAGAGGCCUGUAAUUUUCAUCAUAGGUACACGUCAAAUCACAUUGUAGGAUUUUUUAUGAAUUUAUUUGCAAAUUAUGGUGGAAAAUAAGUAUUUGGUCACCUACAAACAAGCAAGAUUUCUGGCUCUCACAGACCUGUAACUUCUUCUUUAAGAGGCUCCUCUGUCCUCCACUCGUUACCUGUAUUAAUGGCACCUGUUUGAACUUGUUAUCAGUAUAAAAGACACCUGUCCACAACCUCAAACAGUCACACUCCAAACUCCACUAUGGCCAAGACCAAAGAGCUGUCAAAGGACACCAGAAACAAAAUUGUAGACCUGCACCAGGCUGGGAAGACUGAAUCUGCAAUAGGUAAGCAGCUUGGUUUGAAGAAAUCAACUGUGGGAGCAAUUAUUAGGAAAUGGAAGACAUACAAGACCACUGAUAAUAUCCCUCGAUCUGGGGCUCCACGCAAGAUCUCACCCUGUGGGGUCAAAAUGAUCACAAGAACGGUGAGCAAAAAUCCCAGAACCACACAGGGGGACCUAGUGAAUGACCUGCAGAGAGCUGGGACCAAAGUACCAAAGCCUACCAUCAGUAACACACUACGCCGCCAGGGACUCAAAUCCUGCAGUGCCAGACAUGUCCCCCUGCUUAAGCCAGUACAUGUCCAGGCCCGUCUGAAGUUUGCUAGAGUGCAUUUGGAUGAUCCAGAAGAGGAUUGGGAGAAUGUCAUAUGGUCAGAUGAAACCAAAAUAUAACUUUUUGGUAAAAACUCAACUCGUCGUGUUUGGAGGACAAAGAAUGCUGAGUUGCAUCCAAAGAACACCAUACCUACUGUGAAGCAUGGGGGUGGAAACAUCAUGCUUUGGGGCUGUUUUUCUGCAAAGGGACCAGGACGACUGAUCCGUGUAAAGGAAAGAAUGAAUGGGGCCAUGUAUCGUGAGAUUUUAAGUGAAAACCUGCUCUAGAGGAGAUCUGCAUGGAGGAAUGGGCCAAAAUACCAGCAACAGUGUGUGAAAACCUUGUGAAGACUUACAGAAAAUGUUUGACCUGUGUCAUUGCCAACAAAGGGUAUAUAACAAAGUAUUGAGAAACUUUUGUUAUUGACCAAAUACUUAUUUUCCACCAUAAUUUGCAAAUAAAUUCAUAAAAAAUCCUACAAUGUGAUUUUCUGGAUUUUUUUUCCUCAUUUUGUCUGUCAUAGUUGACGUGUACCUAUGAUGAAAAUUACAGGCCUCUCUCAUCUUUUUAAGUGGGAUAGCUUGCACAAUUGGUGGCUGACUAAAUACUUUUUUGCCCCACUCUAUAUGCGACCAGGGGAAAUUAUAUGUGGGUGAUUUAAAUUCAUUUUUGGAACCAAACUCCUGCACUUAUACAUAUUCAUUAUGUUUCUUUUGUCAUGUGUUAUCUCAUGGUAGAUGUAUCCCUGACGGUUUUGAACGCCUUGUGAAUGAUUUUUAUAUGUGGCUAGAGUAAGUAAGGUUCCAGCCAUAACAUUUUCAGUCAGGAAUUCACACAAAAUCACCAUAAGACAACAUGGCACCUCUCCUUGUGAUGUAAUGAAAAGGUGGAUGAGCUAUCUAUUUGAAUGGAAACUCUCAGGUCUCCCAGCCUAUUCUGGCUGUAGCAUGACAUUACAGGGGCCUAUCCCCUGUCAGAGAUAGGGAGAGUGUUUCUGGAGAUGACCAGGAGGGUCUUGGGAAAGCCUCUCAGGCCUCGUGUUGUCAUCCCUCCCAGGCUAGAGUUACAGCAGGAGGAGUGCUCUAGAGCAGCGCUGGCAUUCUGCUCAUUCCCGAGGUGUUCCAUGGAGCUGAGAGGCUCUGCGUCGCCCUGUUUCAUCUCUGGCCCUCUCUGUGUGCACGGCUCAGUGUUAGACAGACACAACCACACACUGACACCCGAUCCACUUCUCUUCACACUUUAUACAUCCACAAGAUGGAAAACUAAGCCAACCACUCCACAACAUUUUGACGACUUUAUCCUCAGUGCUCCAUUGUGUGUUUAAAGUAAAUAAAUGGAUUGAAAGUGGUUUGGCCUUAUUUAUGCCCACAGCACAGCUACUAGGUGUCUGAGGAAGUUAACCUGUCUGUUGUCUCCCCGUCAGGAUGUAUGCUUUUUCUGCCAUCGACAACCAGCGCCUGCAGUACCUGUGGGACUGGACCCAACACAACCUGACCAUCAAGGCUGGGAGGCUGUCCUUCCGCUUCAACCCCAAACUGUGCAUGUCUGAAAUACACAAGAUGUGGGAGAAGACGGGCAUCACCGAGAAGUUUGAGGAGGACGAUUUCCGCAACAAUGGGGACAGAGCCAGCUGUGAGUACACCACUGGACAUAUGGAGUGGGAUUACUUUAACUUUCUAUGCUCAUUCAGUACUUGAAUUAAUACAAUGUAGUACUUUAUUAUAUCACUAUUGAGUUUCCUGUAAGGGGGAUAUCUAAGAUGUGGUUUGUGUUUGUAGGUGAGAGCCACAUCCUGAAGUUCAAGUCCAACAGCACGAUGAGUAACCGGAUCAAGCUGACCUGGGAGCACUACAGACCACCAGACUACAGAGACCUCAUCAGCUUCAUUGUCUACUACAAGGAGGCGUGAGUACUCUCAUAAAACACACACAGAUAUUACACUGUUUUACUAUAGAGCCUUUAUACUUGUACAAAGGAUAUAAUGUAAUAUGUUUGUGUAGUCAAAGUUACAGAAGGUUGUGUUUUUCAUGCAUUCCAGACCGCACCAGAACAUCACAGAGUUUGAUGGCCAGGACGGGUGUGGCUCCAACAGUUGGAACAUGGUUGACGUGGACCUGCCUCAGGACAAAGAGAUAGACCCUGGCGUGCUGCUGUCCCCACUGAAGCCCUGGACCCAGUACGCCAUCUUUGUCAAGGCCAUCACCCUUGUGGUGGAGGACAAACACAUCCCGGGAGCCAAGAGUGAUGUGAUCUAUAUACGUACCAGCCCCUCGGGUAAGACAGUACUAGGCUACAGUACAGCUUAUGUAAACAGCACCAGGUCGCCUCAGCCAUGGACAUGUUUUCACCCAACUAAGAUAAACUGAAAGACUUCUUAUCAGAACUUGAUCAAAUGUAUCACUCUUAUUUAACGCUUCAUGAAAAUGACACAUUUUAAACUGUAUAGUAAACACAUUUGUGUGUUUUUGUGACAGAGCCGUCUAUGCCAAUGGAUGCCCGUGCAUAUGCCAACUCGUCCUCAAAGCUGGUGGUGAAAUGGUCACCUCCCCUCAACCCUAACGGCAAUCUCACCUUUUACUUGGUCCGCUGGCAGCAGCAAGCUGAAGACAGGGAACUGUACCAACACAACUACUGCUCCAAAGGUCAGCAUUCCAACCCCUCUUCUUAUCCACCCCGUUCUGUAUUUCUAUCUGUGUGCAUUAUGGAGUCCUUAUAAUAGAUUUUUUCACUAUUUCUCCAAAACAAGUACUGUAUCUGUUCUCACCUUGUAUUCAAAUCCCCUGUAGACACCACCUUAUUCCCCUUCUGUUUGUGCUUUCUUUGGUGAAUGUUAUUUGCUAACGUGUCCUAUUCCCCUCCCACUGUACAACAGAGCUGAAGAUCCCCAUCAGGAUCUCAGCCACGGGAUUGGCAGACAUGGAGGAGGACACCAAGCCCACCAAGUCUGACCUGUCUGGGGGGGACAAGGGCCCCUGCUGCCCCUGCCCCAAGACCAAGGAGGACCUGAAGGCAGAGAUAGACGACGCCUCCUACCGCAAAGUCUUUGAGAACUUCCUGCACAAUUCCAUCUUCACCCCCAGGUAGGUGCCAGACAGCAGGCAGCCUCCCUCUAUGGGGAGAGAUCACACAACUGUAUGAUCGUAAAGCUCUACCUAAAACCUUCCCCAUUGUUAACAGCUUUUAGACCUAACCCUUCUCUGAGGCUUUGUAGAUGAUUAUCAAAGAGCUGAGCUCAAAAUCUGGGUCCUGUUUGCUUUAAUAGCCCAGAGAGAGAUCCAGAGUCAGGACACGGUGGUGUUGUAAUUACCCAGCCCUGGGACUGGGACUGACAGGAUCUAAACAUCAUCAGGGUUUGGAGGUAGGGAGGGAGGGGAGGAGGGAGGGAGGAGAGGGGAGGAGGGAGGGAGGGAGGGAGUAGGGCUGGAGCUGUGUCAGAGGACCCUGACAGAGAGAGAGAGACACGGGUGCAGGGAUCAAAGGCCUGCUUAUGGCACUUGUGGAUUCCAUCGCCAUGACGACAGCGGCAGCAGGAUAUUAAGGCCUAGCAGGCUGUAAUUUAGGCAGCACAAACAAACCCAGGGAGAGGGAUCUGAUUAAUGAGUCUGAAGGGCUUGCGCUCUGCUCGCUGGGCUGGCUGCACACUAUAAGCCCGUUAGCCUUUUGUUUGCCAGAAUGGGGACUGACAUCUGUGUUGUGUUAUCAUUUUACCUUGCUCGUGGCUACGGAUGCUUUACAGUUUAAAGACUCCAACCCAUUCCCCCACACACACACUCUUUGUCAUACACACACAGACACACACACAGAUGUACUCACUCACACUGAGAGACUGAUUGCGUUUUGAAAUUGAGCCUUUUUCAGGGUAAACUCAGGCCACUUGUUUCCCCAUACCAGAUGGCAGAUCAGACUGUGUGUGUGUCUGAGGUGAAUGAGUGCAUGAGCAGUACUGUGUUUGUGUAUUCAGGGUACAAUUUUGAGUGUUCACUGAAUUAGUACCAGUUCAUCUCAAAUAAAAUGGAAUGGAAAACAAAUUCUAGUCCCCUAGUUAACCUCCAGAGUGAAGCCAGUGGUGCGUGAUCAAUCCCAGUGCUUAUACCUUGUCCUGACUCCAGCCUGCUUGGUACAGUAUGCUGCUGAUCACCUGCUGGGUCAACCUUCCUUCUCCUCGGUGAUGCUGUCUUUCACAGUAUUAAAACAAUAUGUCCAACUCAGAAAAUAAACAAUAAAACAAGACCACUAUUGUUACCAAUUGUUUUCAUUCACUCUCUUCCCGGCAUUUGACUGUGUUGAUUUGUUAUAGUAUAGCUGUCUAGGAAACCAAGGAGUGCCAGGUCUCUGGCCUGCCUGCCUGCCGCUAAAGGCUAUUAUUGUGUAUGCACAGGCCCUCCACCACAACAGAGCCAGCAUUAUCACAAAACACUCAAGGGAAGUGCCUCUGAAUUAGUGUGAGUUUUUUUAAACGUUCAAGAUUUACAGAGAAGGGGCGAGGGAGCGAAGGAAGGGGGAAACAGAAACAGAGAGAAGAGGAAAUGUUUUCCAUUCUGUCGCCCUCCUCGCUGCUCUCCCUCCUCCUCCCCUCACACGCUCUCUUUGUCCGCGGCGCGGUUCGGAGUGACCGGCUGCCAGGAAAUGUACAGCGAAGCCAUCUGGAAUUCAAAUAAAUGAGAGGAGAAAAGGGAAGAUCCCCUUAGAGCUGGCCAGACCAGUGAACACCAUUCAGUGGAAUAGACUGACUGGCUCGAGUAGUAGAGGAGAAUAGUCAGGGGACAGGGAUGGGUGAUGACCAAUUAGAUUCACUGACCGGACAUCAGCUGAUUGGGCUGUUGCAACUAUGACCUCAUACAGAAUGACACUUGAAGUACAGGGAAGGUUUCUGUGUGUUUUGUCCUGUUGUUGGCAGUUGGCACUGCCCUUAGCCUCUGGUUAUCUCUCUGUGUGUCCUUCAGACACCACUAGCUUUGAUACUGUAUAUGAGCAUGAAGUAAAAAAGUAUCGGGUCUCCUUUCUCUGGCCUCACUUUUCACUGGCAUGAGAGACUGCUGUGUUCAGCUGCUGUGGUAAAAGAGUAGCGUUAAAUCACGCUGUUCUGGCUCCAGACAGAGGGUGCAGUCAUGUCCCACUCAGGAUCCCUCGCUCAGGAUCCCUCGCACAGCAGAAAAGGUGAGAAAGUAGGAGGUAUUUUUUUAGGAGUGGAGCUGGGGAGGGAGGACACCAGCUGCAGUCAGCACCUGGUUAGAUGGUCACGCUUCAGCUUCAGUCCUCUGUCUAGAGUUCAUCUGAGGACAGAUCUGCCUUGCUCUGCUCUGCCUGGCCCUGGCAGCUCUCUGGCAUCGCUGCUGUCUGUCCCCUCUCCCAUCACCCCCCUCAUUCAUCUCGGGGCGACCCAGUCUUCAAUGGCAGGCUGUGUUGUGCUGUCUUCCAUGCACUUGUCUUUUAUACAAUAUGUUCAUUAAAGCUUUGCCAGUCCUCAGUGCUGUUGUGUGUAUUGUUAAUAGUAACUAAUACUUUUGGAGAGAGCUGGACCAUGGCCUUUGCUGGAGCAGUUAAAAUGGUCAGAAUGGAAUGUUGACAGUAGUGUGCGAUGGCUACUGUUUUCUUCCCACAGAUCUGUCUGUCAGCUGUGUUUUUCCACUCACAGUAAAUACUAUUUUCCCGUGGGUGCCCGGUCAGUCUCAAGGUCUUUUGUCACCCGCUCAUAAUAUUGUCAUACUCGCAAGGAAUAGUUCUGAGAGGACAUUGACAUUGGCUUUCUACAGUUUCUGAAGGUCUAGAUGCUGGAAUGUAAAAUAAAGCAGAAACAACAUUCUCUUGAAUUCCUGAGUAAACCCUGCUGGCCAGUAAUGUUAGGUGGAGUUAGAGAGGGAUACUCAGGAGAUCACAGUCAUUUCAGAUAAACUCAUCAGUCAUUCGCUAAUUUACCUCUCCUUAAAGACUCAACUAAGUAAAGAUUAACCAACAUUACAUAUUGACUUUAUCUUUUCCAUGUGUACUGUAAAUACCGCAUGAAUCUAAAUCUGGAUUCACUGUCAUUCGGGUCAACAUAUACAGCACAUCCCACUACUGUCAGACAGUCCUGUAUUCUCUUCAGCCCAGUUAACUGCUCUGUGGGAUGACUGUUGAAUUCUUUCAGAGACUCAGAGAGAGCCAGUCGUUACACAUCUCCUAAAGGUGACUCUAGGUAAGGUCUGCUCCUCUCGGUACCGGCACAGCAUCCCCCGUGUGUUGUGGAGUCCCAGUGGCCUCGCCUCGUAGCGUCUGGUGAGCUGCUGCUGCUGCCGCUGCCUGCAUGUUGUCAGUGGCUCCAGCCGGCCGGCUCUCCAUCAUCACACCAUCAUCCUCCUCAUCAUCCUCAUGAUUGUGUUUACAUCCAUCUCCAUGGCUCCGUGUAAGAGGGCUGCAGUCCUGUUGCAGGCUCUCGUGUUUGCUCUUUUGGGUGAAAUGUACCAUAUGAUUUCGUGUUUAUUGCUUUAUUUGCCUUAUUCUUUAUCAUAUGAAAACUACCUCUAUGCAUCAGACAGCUGGUUAUUAUUCUCCCAUUUUCCCUGAGCAGUGAAUUUGUCCUGUGGAUGAGGACAUGUAGGAUAACAGAGUCAGUAGGGAUCUGUAUGGACAGGCAGGCUGCUGACAGUGUGUGGAUGUGUGCUCUCUUUGCACCUCUCUCCCACCCCUCUGACCUCAUCACACCACACAGCUCCACAGGGAGCAGACCACUGCAGCUGGACAGACACACUGCAACAACAAAUAACACCAGGCCACUUCAACAUACAGUACUCUACUCUCAGUUGAGUUGUAUCCCACUGGAAACAGUCAUUUUACUACAUGAUACGUACUUAUGACUACUUCUUAUUCCCAUUCUGUAUUCUUGUAGAGGACCCCACCCUGUCCAGUGAAGUUGAAGGGGAUGUUUUUGCUCAGUGUGACUCGGUGUCGAUGACGUCAUGUGGGCGGUGUAUGUAGGCUACAGUAUACUGUAUGUACAAUAUUGUGUGCUGUAGUGAUGGGGGAAAAAUCGAUACAGUAGAGUAUCGCACUAUUAUUCUUGACGAUAUUAUAUUGAUUCUAUGACUCAUAGUAUCGAUUGUUGCAACAUGCAACAAUUUAAACAACAAUUUACUGAGUUACAGUUCAUAUAAGGAAAUCACUCAAUUGAAAUAAAUAAAUUAGGCCCUAAUCUAUGUAUUUCACGACUGGGUAGGGGCACAGCCAUGGGUUGACCUGGGAGGGCAUAGGCCCACCCACUUGGGAGCCAGGCCCACCCAUUGGGAAGCCAGGCCCAGCCAAUCACAAUACGUUUUUCCCCACAAAAGGGCUUUAUUACAGACAGAAAUACUCCUCAGUUUCAUCAACUGUCCGGGUGGCUGGUCUCAGACGAUCCCGCAGGUGAAGAAGCCGGAUGUGGAGGUCCUGGACUGGCGUGGUCUUUUACUGUCCCCAGCACAAGGUGCACCUGUGUAAUGUGGAGGCUUCUUGAUAUGCCACACCUGCCAGUUAGAUAUAUUAUCUUGGCAAAGGGGAAAUGCUCACUAACAGGGAUGCACAAAAAAUUCUGCCCAAGAUUUGAGAGAAAUAAGGUUUUUGUGCGUAUGGAACAUUUCUGGGAUCUUUUAUUUCAGCUCAUGAAAUAUGGGACCAACACUUUACAUCUUGCAUUUAUAUUUUUGUUCAGUAUAUAAAUGGUGAGCCAACAUAUUUUCAGCACUUUUAUUUCCAUGACUGAUUAACACUUGUUUUCUCAUGGCUCUUUCUUGUCCCUCUGCAACAGACAUGGUGAGCAAUACGUUUGGAACAUCCAAUCGCAAUAUAAUCACAGUAUCCAAUCGCAAUACAUACAGUGAGGGGAAAAAAGUAUUUGAUCCCCUGCUGAUUUUGUACGUUUGCCCACUGACAAAGAAAUGAUCAGUCUAUAAAUUUAAUGGUAGGUUUAUUUGAAUAGUGAGAGACAGAAUAAGAACAAAAAAAUCCAGAAAAACGCAUGUACAUUUUUUUAUGAAUUGAUAUGCAUUUUAAUGAGGGAAAUAAGUAUUUGACCCCUCUGCAAAACAUGACUUAGUACUGGCAAAACCCUUGUUGGCAAUCACAGAGGUCAGACGUUUCUUGUAGUUGGCCACCAGGUUUGCACACAUCUCAGGAGGGAUUUUGUCCCACUCCUCUUUGCAGAUCUUCUCCAAGUCAUUAAGGUUUCGAGGCUGACGUUUGGCAACUCGAACCUUCAGCUCCCUCCACAGAUUUUCUAUGGGAUUAAGGUCUGGAGACUGGCUAGGCCACUCCAGGACCUUAAUGUGCUUCUUCUUGAGCCACUCCUUUGUUGCCUUGGCCGUGUGUUUUGGGUCAUUGUCAUGCUGGAAUACCCAUCCACGACCCAUUUUCAAUGCCCUGGCUGAGGGAAGGAGGUUCUCACCCAAGAUUUGACGGUACAUGGCCCCGUCCAUCGUCCCUUUGAUGCAGUGAAGUUGUCCUGUCCCCUUAGCAGAAAAACACCCCCAAAGCAUAAUGUUUCCACCUCCAUGUUUGACGGUGGGGAUGGUGUUCUUGGGGUCAUAGGCAGCAUUCCUCCUCCUCUAAACACGGCGAGUUGAGCUGAUGCCAAAGAGCUCCAUUUUGGUCUCAUCUGACCAUAACACUUUCACCCAGUUCUCCUCUGAAUCAUUCAGAUGUUCAUUGGCAAACUUCAGACGGGCAUGUAUAUGUGCUUUCUUGAGCAGGGGGACCUUGCGGGCGCUGUAGGAUUUCAGUCCUUCAUGGCAUAGUGUGUUACCAAUUGUUUUCUUGGUGACUAUGGUCCUAGCUGCCUUGAGAUCAUUGAUAAGAUCCUCCCGUGUAGUUCUGGGCUGAUUCCUCACCGUUCUCAUGAUCAUUGCAACUCAACGAGGUGAGAUCUUGCAUGGAGCCCCAGGCCGAGGGAGAUUGACAGUUCUUUUGUGUUUCUUCCAUUUGUGAAUAAUCGCACCAACUGUUGUCACCUUCUCACCAAGCUGCUUGGCGAUGGUCUUGUAGCCCAUUCCAGCCUUGUGUAGGUCUACAAUAUUGUCCCUGACAUCCUUGGAGAGCUCUUUGGUCUUGGCCAUGGUGGAGAGUUUUGAAUCUGAUUGAUUGAUUGCUUCUGUGGACAGGUGUCUUUUAUACAGGAAAUAAACUCCCUGAAAGACUGGUCAUGGCUGGUCAUGGCUCACAUCAACAGCAUAAUCCCAGAAACCCUAGACCCACUCCAAUUUGCAUACCGCCCCAACAGAUCCACAGAUGAUGCAAUCUCUAUCGCACUCCACACUGCCCUUUCCCACCUGGACAAGAGGAACACCUACGUGAGAAUGCUAUUCAUUGACUACAGCUCAGCAUUCAACACCAUAGUGCCCUCAAAGCUCAUCACUAAGCUAAGGAUCCUGGGACUAAACACCUCCCUCUGCAACUGGAUCCUGGACUUCCUGACGGGCCGCCCCCAGGUGGUAAGGGUAGGUAACAACACAUCUGCCACACUGAUCCUCAACACGGGGGCCCCUCAGGGGUGCGUGCUCAGUCCCCUCCUGUACUCUCUGUUCACCCAUGACUGCAUGGCCAGGCACGACUCCAACACCAUCAUUAAGUUUGCCGACGACACAACAGUGGUAGGCCUGAUCACCGACAACGAUGAGACAGCCUAUAGGGAGGAGGUCAGAGAUCUGGCCGUGUGGUGCCAGGACAACAACCUCUCCCUCAACGUGACCAAGACAAAGGAGAUGAUUGUGGACUACAGGAAAAAAAAGAGGACUGAGCACGCCCCCAUUCUCAUCGACGGGGCUGUAGUGGAACAGGUUGAGAGCUUCAAGUUCCUUGGUGUCCACAUCACCAACGAACUAUCAUGGUCCAAACACACCAAGACAGUCGUGAAGAGGGCACGACAAAGCCUAUUCCCCCUCAGGAGACUAAAAAGAUUUGGCAUGGGUCCUCAGAUCCUCAAAAAAUUCUACAGCUGCACCAUCGAGAGCAUCCUGACUGGUUGCAUCACCGCCUGGUAUGGCAACUGCUUGGCCUCUGACCGCAAGGCACUACAGAGGGUAGUGCGUACGGCCCAGUACAUCACUGGGGCAAAGCUCCCUGCCAUCCAGGACCUCUAUACCAGGCGGUGUCAGAGGAAGGCCCUCAAAAUUGUCAAAGACUCCAGUCACCCUAGUCAUAGACUGUUCUCUCUGCUACCGCACGGCAAGCGGUACCGGAGUGCCAAGUCUAGGUCCAAAAGACUUCUCAACAGCUUCUACCCCCAAGCCAUAAGACUCCUGAACAGCUAAUCAUGGCUACCCGGACUAUUUGCACUGCCCCCCCACCCCAUCCUUUUUACGCUGCUGCUACUCUGUUAAGUAUUUAUGCAUAGUCACUUUAACUCUACCCACAUGUACAUAUUACCUCAACUAGCCGGUGCCCCCGCACAUUGACUAUGCAACGGUACCCCCCUGUAUAUAUAGCCUCCCUACUGUCACUUUAUUCUAUUGUAUAUAUAGCCUCCCUACUGUCACUUUAUUUUUUACUUCUGCUCUUUUUUUUUUCUCAACACUUUUUUGUUGUUGUUUUAUUCUUACUUUUUUUGUUUAAAAUAAAUGCACUGUUGGUUAAGGGCUGUAAGUAAGCAUUUCACUGUAAUGUCUGCACCUGUUGUAUUCGGCGCAUGUGACCAAUAAAAUUUGAUUUGAUUUGAUUUGAUUUGAUUUAAACUGAGAUUAGGAGCACUCCCUUUAAGAGUGUGCUCCUAAUCUCAGCUCGUUACCUGUAUAAAAGACACCUGGGAGCCAGAAAUCUUUCUGAUUGAGAGGGGGUCAAAUACUUAUUUCCCUCAUUAAAAUGCAAGUCAAUUUAUAACAUUUUUAACAUGCAUUUCUGGAUUUUCUUGUUGUUAUUCUGUCUCUCACUGUUCAAAUAAACCUACCAUUAAAAUUAUAGACUGAUAAUUUCUUUGUCAGUGGGCAAACGAACAAAAUCAGCAGGGGAUCAAAUACUUUUUUCCCUCACUGUAUAGAAUCAUGGGAAUUGUGUGAAUCGCAAUACAUAUCGUAUCGGCACCUAAGUAUCGUGAUAAUAUCAUAUCGUGAGGUCCCUGGCAAUUCCCAGCCCUAGUGUGCUGUCUGUAACCGGUGUUCCAGAGUAUAUUACUGUAUGGCUGGCUGACUUCGUAUUCCCCUCUCUCCUCUUUAACUGUGCCUCUGCUCCCUUCCAGAGAAGCUGAAAGCCCACACAUCUGCUCCCCUCCUCCUCCUCCUCCUCAACCUCUGUCUCUUAUCCUUUGUCUUUCUUUGCCACGUUUGUGCCUUUUGUGCUGCAGUCAGUCAGUGGGUCUCUCUCACAUUUUUUUGGACCCUCUUUGUCCCUCAGACCCCCAGACCGGCGACGUAGGGAUCUAUUUGGGGUGGCUAACAGCACCCUGGCACGGGGUGGCAACAUGACAGGCCUGGAGGGUAAUAGGACAGAAGGAGAGCCCCCUGAGAGGGAGUUCCCCUUCAUGGAGGACCGGAGCAAGACAGAGUUUAUCGAGAUCCCCAACCUGCAGCCCUUCACGGUGUACCGCAUAGACAUCCAUGCAUGCAACCAGGAGGUCCGUCGCUGCAGCGCUGGAGCCUUCGUCUUCUCCAGGACGAAACCUGCAGGUGAGGCAGUCACACACACACACACACACACACACACACACACACACACACACACACACACACACACACACACACAGUCGCUAGAUAAAGGCUUCAACAACAGCAGCCAUCUGCAUAGAUUAUUGUUCUAGACUCACUAUACCUUUUUGGACAUAGCUAAGGUGUAGGAAGCCAUCUGAUAUCAAUGUCUGUGUCUCUGUCCAUCAGACAAAGCGGAUGACAUGCCAGGCAGGGUGAUCCAGGAGAGGGAUGAGAAGGUAGAGGGUUCAGUGCUGCUGAAGUGGCCGGAGCCUGUCAACCCCAAUGGCCUCAUCCUGAUGUAUGAGAUCAAGUUCCGCCAGGGCACCGAGGUGAGUCUGCAUGGAUCAGGACCCCUGAGGCCCCUGGGAGCUCUGCAGGGCCUCAACCCUCAGGUUGACACUGUCUGUGUGUGUGUUUUCUUCCAGCCUGAGAAACACGAGUGUGUGUCACGCCAGCAUUACCGUGUUCACAAAGGAGCUCGUCUGACCAACCUGGGCUAUGGGAACUACUCUGCCCGCGUGCGUGCCACCUCCCUGGCAGGAAACGGGUCCUGGACUGAGCCAGUGUCCUUCUAUGUGCCCCCACCCAAACGUAUGGAGAACACAUGCAUUUCCACAUAAAUAACCCUCUUCAAAGGCCUUUUAUAUUGCUGAUUUUCAUGCCCAGAAUUCUAUUGGUGUGAAAUCUUCCUUUUCUCACUGGUCAGAUUUUAAUAGUUGUUCUGUUGUUUUAAUCUUGUUGCAGGGUACUAUGACAACGCGUUCUAUCUGGUCAUCAUCAUCCCCAUCAUUGUGAUAAUUCUUAUCGCCAGCCUCAUCACUGCACUCUUCUUUGUCAACAAAAAGAGGUAAGAGGAGCUGAAUGAUCACUAGAACGAAUAACUGUAACUCUGUAACAAAACAUUUGACUAAUGCAAUAUUAAUCAGUUGAAUGAUAUAAUAGUGCUAUUGUGAUCAUUUUCCUGCCUUAGGCAGUUCAUAAGAUCGUAGGCUUUUCUGCUGAAUGAACGAUCCCAUUUAUCUGUUGCCAAAUCUGCCUCCACUGGCUCACACAGAUGUGUUUGUGUCCACAGGAACAGUGACAGGCUGGGGAAUGGUGUCCUCUAUGCUUCUGUCAACCCAGAGUACUUCAGUGCUGCUGAGAGUAAGAACCCUCUGAACACCUACUGUCAUUUGAAUGAUGAGAUGGUGUCAACGUCUCCUUAGAUGAUGGCUGUCUCUGACUGUCCUCUCCUCCUGUGUUCAGUGUAUGUUCCAGACGAGUGGGAGGUGGCCAGGGAGAAAAUCACCAUGCACAAGGAGUUGGGCCAGGGUUCCUUCGGCAUGGUGUAUGAGGGCCUGGCUAAGGGCGUGGUUAAGGACGAGCCUGAGACCCGCGUGGCCAUCAAGACGGUCAACGAAUCAGCCAGCAUGAGGGAGAGGAUAGAGUUCCUCAACGAGGCCUCCGUCAUGAAGGAGUUCAACUGUCACCACGUGGUGAGAGAGACAGAGUCCAAAACACCAGUUAACAUCAGGGACAUUGGCUCAGAAACACUAGCUUUUAAAUGAUAAGGUAUUGCCUCAAUUUCACAGAGGUUCAAAAUUAGAAACAAAGGAAAGAGAUCCAUCAGCUAGACACUCUUGGGAGUUAUAAGUCACCCCUCCUGAUGCAUAGGGUCAGAGACACCUAGCUGGCUGUUGAGGUCAGAGAUCAAAGCCAGGGCACACUACCCAGGGAGCUGCAGUAUAACUCCAGUAUAACCUGAGGCCAGCUGUAACUGUGUGACCUGAGACCUCUGAGCUAUAUCACAGCCAAAUCCUCAUUAAUUCAGCUAAACGGAAGUGUUAAGGAUUCCCCCUUGGAAAGACUCUGUUACAACCUUUUAGCAUGUCUGGAUGUUUAAAAGUCAAACACUUAAUUAUUAAGCUACAUUUUAAUAAUUUAGAGGCAAAGAAUAGUUUUUUUUACUUGCUUUCCUCAAAGCUCCUCAGUAGCUUUAGUUAAGAGAAGCCAGAGUAGUUUCAAAAGCAAGAACAUUCCACAUCACUUCAGUCAGUUCGAUUAAUAACACUUAGAAAUCAUGUUUAUUGCCCAAUAAUAGCACUUAGAAAUAAUGUUUAUUUCCCAAAAGCUUCAGAAGGAAUACUACACCAAUGAGAAUUGUUUGUACUCAUCUCCACUGAUGCCAUCUCUGUGCUGUGUUCUAAUUGGUGUAGGUGCGUCUGCUGGGCGUGGUCUCUCAGGGCCAGCCCACCUUGGUGAUAAUGGAGCUGAUGACCCGUGGAGACCUGAAGAGCCACCUGCGAUCACUCCGGAAAGAGGUAUGUACAUUACCCCUCCUGCUCUUUCUCACAUAGUCUCUCACAGAACUCAAGUCUAUGGCCUUGUCCGGAAUCUGUCUUGCCUACUACUUACUAAAACUGCUUACUGUGUGUAGUAAUCAUACUACAUACUAUUUAGAACAUACUGUUUAGUAAAAAUGUAUGCAGUAAGCAACAAAUAUCAGAAUACUGGACUCACUGAGAAUGCAUUAUCUGAUGCGCAAUUGCGUUGUUUCCCGCCAUUCGUCCAUUUUGGUAGAGCGUCUCACCUUAUGUCACUAUCAGCUGAUUAUCAGCUGCUGUCAAACACACAUGGAUCUGAAAAUACGACUUUCUUCCUGUAUAGUGUGCAGCGAAUUCCACUAGAUGAAAAGCCAAAAUGAGUAUGACAUCCUGGCAUUUAAAGCAUACUUAAUUUUCGAAAUUUCACAUACUAUAAAACAUAUUUUCGCAUUCCCAAAAUGCCUACAAUUUACAACGUAAGUACGGGUUUUUGGACAUGGCCAUUGUGUUAGUGAAUAAAUCAUGUAUUAAUAUCACGCACGCACGCACACACACACACACACACACACACACACACACACACACACACACACACACACACACACACACACACACACACACACACACACACACACACACGAAAGACAUGGAGGGGGAGAUAUGUCCACACCUCCUUCAGUUGGGUCUCUCCCAUUGUGUGGUGUGCCCUGGACUCCAGGCCAGGCCAUGGUUCAGUGCUGCAGACAGGGAGAGGGAGGUUGGAGGGAGAGACUGAAUGGCCUGCUUGUGCUCAGGUCUCUGCCUCUCUGCCACAGAACACGUCCAGCCAGGUUCUGCCCCCACUGAAGAAGAUGAUCCAGAUGGCAGGAGAGAUUGCGGACGGCAUGGCAUACCUCAACGCCAACAAGUUUGUCCACAGAGACCUGGCAGCCAGGAACUGCAUGGUGGCGGAGGACUUCACCGUCAAGAUCGGAGGUGAGUGCCUCAAAAUACAGUAGUACUCAUACUCCCCGCUGUAAGUUUAAUGCUAAAUUCCCUCUGCCAUACUCCAAAGUAAGUAUUUUGAGAUCACUGAGUGCUUGAGUGGGAGGAAUAGCUCGUAAAUCUAAAUGGACAGAAGAGAAGGAGAGGUGAGGGGAUAGAUAAGGCCUCUUCUCACAUUAGUGGGAUAUUUAGUGGCCAUUCAAACCUCUCUUCUCCUCUUCUCAGACUUUGGCAUGACGCGAGACAUCUACGAGACGGAUUACUAUCGGAAAGGAGGGAAGGGCCUUCUGCCGGUCCGCUGGAUGUCCCCAGAGUCGCUGAAAGAUGGCGUGUUCACCACAAACUCUGAUGUCUGGUACGAGCUCCCUGCCGUCCUCCCUGACUCAUACACAUGCACAUGCACAUGCAGAGUUAGGAGGCCUGCGCAGAUCAACAAGUGUACUCUGUAUGUAUUGCAUGCUGGAUGCCAUUAUAGUUAGUAGAUACAGUAAGUCUUGGCAGUGAAUUUUUUUUCCUGUUUAGUCAUGUACCUUUGUGCUCUCAGGAACAUAGAGUGAGUUUAGAACAGCAGAUCAAGGCUCCGCUCAGUUCUCUCUCUGGAAUGGGCUGCAUUAGAGAAAUAUAGCUGUUUACUAGCUCCUUAGUUUUUGUUUCCCAACCGAAAGUGUCCCACGGGUCUGUCCCUACAAGCACACUUAAACUCCUCCAGAUGUUUUCAAAUGAUGGGUUAGAGUGCCAACAGAAACCCACCUCCACAUCCCGCUCCCUAUCUUCCUCUUUGAAGUCACGCAGAUGAAAAGGAGCAUUGUGGGAACCCAUUCUGGGCUCUUAUGAGAUUUACCAGUAGGUGUCUUUAUCUAAAAAAGUCUCUUAAUGUGGUUUUGUCUUUCAACACUCUCCUGUUUCAGCCAAUUAGAUACAAGUCAGUGUUGUAAUAGGCCUUUUUAAAGAGUGUUGAAAGCCGUCUUAGAUCCCUAGCCAGCGGGGGAAAUAUGGCCUUGGAGAGCUAACAAAUAAUCAUUGGCAAUGAUGCGCUCUUUGUUUUCUUGUGUCAAGCUUAGGUUUUGGUUUUCUGUUGCAGUUCCUUAGUGGUCUCUGGGUAGUAUACAAUCUCAUGUUAUUAAUGAACAACACAUGGAUAAGGCAAGAUGACACAAACAUUUACAUAUGGCAGACAUAUUGCAGUCUAUGUCCUUUUUUGAUUAAUAUAUGGAACAUCAAUUUAUGAAUAAACUUUUAAUAUGUUCUUUGCACCAUCUGCUUUACACUGUGAGAGAGCAAUCUUUACUCAACCUUGUACUAUGCAGGGCCAUCAUUGUAAAGAGCUGCCAGAGACUAGUUACAUGCCCUGCUGGGCCCUGUGGAUGGAUGUUUUAGCCUGGAUUACCCUGCAUGGUCCUACUACAGUUAUGCAGCAGCUGAUGUGUGUCGUCAAACAGGCCUGUAUCCUCUCUGUCUCCCCCUGCAGGUCGUUUGGGGUGGUGUUGUGGGAGAUUGCCACCUUGUCUGAGCAGCCGUACCAGGGCAUGUCCAAUGAGCAGGUGCUGCGUUUCGUCAUGGAGGGAGGACUCCUGGACAAGCCUGACAACUGCCCUGACAUGCUGUGAGUCCCCUGCUCUUUCUCUCAAUGUCAAUGUCACUCUUGGACUGGGUCGGGGGUAGGAUAAUUUCUAAAUGACAGUAUUAGCCACUCCUUCAAUAUGCUAUGUUUUUCCUAUUACCUGUUCCACUGUUAUGCUUAUUCUUUAGGUGCAUUUUCAGAUGUUAUUGUCCUUUAAUACCAGCUCACUGUCAUGGUUUCCUAGCUAAAUCUAAAGAUUUACCUCUUGCGAAUAUUGCCCCUGCUGUUUCUAUUUAGAGUUGAGGGGCCAAAUGUGCAUACUAUAUCAUGAGAUCCGUAUGCCAGUGGGGAGCUAAGUGAAGGCCUGACUGGUGACAUUUACGUCACGGUUUAAAUGGAGCUCAGUGACAUCAUGGCCCCCAUGCUCAGCUGGCGAGACGGGAGCUCCCUCCUCAGCAGUAAGCCGAGGCCCAUAGAAGGGAUGCCACGGCCCGUGUGUGAAAUAUUUCCCUCAUUCCCCAUUAGUGAGGGUACGAGGCAACAGAUCAGUGUCUGCUCAUCAGAGAGAGAGAGAGAGAGAGAGAGAGAGAGAGAGGUGGCUCUUCUGCGUACAUGCGUUUCUCCUCUCUGCCUCUGAUCUCAAUGUGAAGGCCUUCCCUUUUUCCUCCACUCUCCAUGGCUAACCUCACCUUACAGAGAGGGGCGAGUGUUAUGCAGACACAAACCUCAGGUUUCUAUGGCAGCCUCACAGUGGUGUCCUGAUUGCAGGAGCGCCAACAGUUCAGUAAUAUCUAACAAUUUACAACAGUACACACAAAUCUAAAAGUACAAGAAUGGAAUUAAGAAAUAUAUAAAUAUUAGGAUGAGCAAUGUCGGAGUGGCAUAGACUAAAAUACAGUAGAAUAGAAUACAGUAUACAGUGGGGAAAAAAAGUAUUUAGUCAGCCACCAAUUGUGCAAGUUCUCCCACUUAAAAAGAUGAGAGAGGCCUGUAAUUUUCAUCAUAGGUACACGUCAACUAUGACAGACAAAUUGAGGGAAAAAAAUCCAGAAAAUCACAUUGUAGGAUUUUUAAUGAAUUUAUUUGCAAAUUAUGGUGGAAAAUAAGUAUUUGGUCACCUACAAAAAAGCAAGAUUUCUGGCUCUCACAGACCUGUAACUUCUUCUUUAAGAGGCUCCUCUGUCCUCCACUCGUUACUUGUAUUAAUGGCACCUGUUUGAACUUGUUAUCAGUAUAAAAGACACCUGUCCACAACCUCAAACAGUCACACUCCAAACUCCACUAUGGCCAAGACCAAAGAGCUGUCAAAGGACACCAGAAACAAAAUUGUAGACCUGCACCAGGCUGGGAAGACUGAAUCUGCAAUAGGUAAGCAGCUUGGUUUAAAGAAAUCAACUGUGGGAGCAAUUAUUAGGAAAUGGAAGACAUACAAGACCACUGAUAAUCUCCCUCGAUCUGGGGCUCCACGCAAGAUCUCACCCCGUGGGGUCAAAAUCAUCACAAGAACGGUAAGCAAAAUCCCAGAACCACACGGGGGGACCUAGUGAAUGACCUGCAGAGAGCUGGGACCAAAGUAACAAAGCCUACCAUCAGUAACACACUACGCCGCCAGGGACUCAAAUCCUGCAGUGCCAGACGUGUCCCCCUGCUUAAGCCAAUACAUCUCCAGGCCCGUCUGAAGUUUGCUAGAGUGCAUUUGGAUGAUCCAGAAGAGGAUUGGGAGAAUGUCAUAUGGUCAGAUGAAACCAAAAUAUAACUUUUUGGUAAAAACUCAACUCGUCGUGUUUGGAGGACAAAGAAUGCUGAGUUGCAUCCAAAGAACACCAUACCUACUGUGAAGCAUGGGGGUGGAAACAUCAUGCUUUGGGGCUGUUUUUCUGCAAAGGGACCAGGACGACUGAUCCGUGUAAAGGAAAGAAUGAAUGGGGCCAUGUAUCGUGAGAUUUUGAGUGAAAACCUCCUUCCAUCAGCAAGGGCAUUGAAGAUGAAACGUGGCUGGGUCUUUCAGCAUGACAAUGAUCCCAAACACACCGCCCGGGCAACGAAGGAGUGGCUUCGUAAGAAGCAGUUCAAGGUCCUGGAGUGGCCUAGCCAGUCUCCAGAUCUCAACCCCAUAGAAAAUCUUUGGAGGGAGUUGAAAGUCCGUGUUGCCCAGCAACAGCCCCAAAACAUCACUGCUCUAGAGGAGAUCUGCAUGGAGGAAUGGGCCAAAAUACCAGCAACAGUGUGUGAAAACCUUGUGAAGACUUACAGAAAACGUUUGACCUGUGUCAUUGCCAACAAAGGGUAUAUAACAAAGUAUUGAGAAACUUUUGUUAUUGACCAAAUACUUAUUUUCCACCAUAAUUUGCAAAUAAAUUCAUUAAAAAUCCUACAAUGUGAUUUUCUGGAUUUUUUUUCCUCAUUUUGUCUGUCAUAGUUGACGUGUACCUAUGAUGAAAAUUACAGGCCUCUCUCAUCUUUUUAAGUGGGAGAACUUGCACAAUUGGUGGCUGACUAAAUAUUUUUUUCCCCCCACUGUACAUGGACACACAUGCUUUGUUUAAUGCCAGUGGCAGGUCAUUGGAAAAGAUCUAACUGUAAGUCGCUCUGGAUAAGAGCGUCUGCUAAAUGACUAAAAUGUAAAUGUAAAUGUAUAGAAAAUAGUAGAGGGUCUAGAGAGCUGCCCUGCGGUACACCACACUUUACAUGUUUGACAUUAGAGAAGCUUCCAUUAAAGAAAACCCUUUGAGUUCUAUUAGAUAGAUAGCUCUGAAUCCACGAUAUGGCAGAUGUUGAAAAGCCAUAACACAUACAGUACCAGUCAAAAGUUUGGACACCUACUCAUUCAAGGGUUUUUCUUUAUUUUUAAAUUUUUUUACAUUGUAGACUAAUAGUGAAGACAUCAAAACUAUGAAAUAACACAAAUGGAAUCAUGUAGUAACCAAAAAAGUGUUAAACAAAUCAAAAUAUAUUUUAUAUUUCAGAUUCUUUGCUUAUUGUCACAACACAACUGAUUGGCUCAAACACAUUCCACAAAUUAACUUUUAAGACUGCACACCUGGUAAUUUAAAUGCAUUCCAGGUGACUACUUCAUCAAGCUGGUUGAGAGAAUGCCAAGAGUGUGCAAAGCUGUCAUCAAGGCAAAUGGUGGCUAUUUGAAGAAUCUCAAAUAUAAAAUAUAUUUUGAUUUGUUUAACACUUUUUUGGUUACUACAUGAUUCCAUAUGUGUUAUUUCAUAGUUUUGAUGUCUUCACUAUUAUUCUACAAUGUAAAAAAAUAAAGAAAAACCCUUGAAUGAGUAGGUGUGUCCAAACUUUUGACUGGUAGUGUAUGUUUUUUCAACAACAGGUUAUGUUCAAUAAUAUCAAAGGCUGCACUGAAAUCUAACAGUACAGCUCCCACAAUCUUCUUAUUAUCAAUUUCUUUCAACCAAUCAUCAGUAAUUUGUGUCAGUGCAGUACAUGUUGAGUGCCCUUCUCUAUAGGCAUGCUGAAAGUCUGUUGUUAAUUUGUUUACAGAGAAAUUGCAUUGUAUUUCAUCAAACACAUUUUUUUCCAACAGUUUGCUAAGGGCUGGCAGCAAGCUUAUAGACAUCUUUUGAAAUAUCUGAACUUCUGUUCUAUGGUAAAGGAUGACUACACAUUUGGUCCAAUGUUAGGGAGCUGCAUGAAAAGAGAUGGUUUUCUGAGUGGUGAUAUUGGGGAACAUGUUAAUGGUCAGGCCUGCAGCUGAAGAUUCCUGUUUACGUUAAUGGUCUUUCAUAGCAUAGGUUGCUCUCUCUUAUAGCUAUCUCUAUCUCUACUCUGGCUAGCAUUGGUAUGGUUAUUUAUAAUGUUGUGAACGAUGCAACGUUUACAUAUCAUGAUGUGAGUGAAAUCUGCUAGAAGGUGCUGGAAUGUGUUUGUGUGUGAUGAGGAGCUGAGUGCUGACAAGCAGAGAGGAUUUACUGCAGCGUAUUCACAUCAACGAGCGUUACACACAGCGACAGAUGGCCCAGGAAGAAUUUGCAGCAGGCCAACGCCAAGCAGACAGGUUACUCUGGUGCGUGGGCCCAGCUCCAAGCAUUACAGCCAUUUUCAUGGGAGGUCUUGGAGCCGGGGUUUAGUUUAGCCAUCUGAAAGACAACUUUAAGAGACUCACUAACUGAGAGGCUGAAAAACAACCCAUGGCUGGUUAAAACGUAGUUUGAAGUUAAGCGUCUGCUUAACUACCCAGAAUGAUUUGGUGCAGAGAGGCUAGGAUACCCAGCUGUACAGGCUGUUGUGCGAUCAGACAGAGAGAGGUGGCUGCUGUGAGAUAGAGGGAGAUGACUGAGGUGUUUAUGAAGGUAUUCUUAGCUUGUUUGUGUAUAAUUUAAGAUGUGGUGUGUGGUGGAGCACCCAACUGUAAUGAUUCUCCUUUUAUUAUGUUGUUUUGACAUUUUCUGUGUUCUGUCGCUGGCCUGCCACGGUAUGUUCAUUUAUGAUUUACUGUCUACACUACAUAUACAAAAGUAUGUGGACACCCCUUCAAAUUAGUGGAUUUGGCUAUUUCAGCCACACCCGUUGCUGACCGGUAUAUAAAAUCGAGCACACAGCCAUACAAUCUCCAUCGACAAACAUUGGCAGUAGAAUGGAGUUACUGAAGAGCUCAGUGACUUUCAUCUUGGCACCGUCAUAGGAUGCCACCUUUCCAACAAGUCAGUUUGUCAAAUUUCUGCCCUGCUAGAGCUGCCCCGCUCAACUGUAAGUGCUGUUAUUGUGAAGUGGAAGCGUCUAGGAGCAACAACGGCUCAGCUGCGAAGUGGUAGGCCACAGUAGCAACACUCACUACCAAGUUCCAAACUGCCUCUGGAAGUAACUUCAGCACAAGAACUGUUCGUCGGGAGCUUCAUGAAAUGGGUUUCCAUGGCCUAGCAGCCGCACACAAGCCUAAGAUCACCAUUCGCAAUGCCAAGCGUCUGCUGGAGUGGUGUAAAGCUUGCCGCCAUUGGACUCUGGAGCAGUGGAAACGCGUUCUCUGGAGUGAUGAAUCACUCUUCACCAUCUGGCAGUCUGACGGACGAAUCUGGGUUUGGCAGAUGCCAGGAGAAUGUUACCUGCCCGAAUGCAUAGUGCCAACUGUAAAGUUUGGUAGAGGAGGAAUAAUGCUGUGGGGCUGUUUUUCAUGGUUCGGGCUAGGCCCCUUAGUUCCAGUGAAGGGAAAUCUUAACGCUACAGCAUACAAUGACAUUCUAGACGAUUCUGUGCUUCCAACUUUGUGGCAACAGUUUGGGGAAGGUCCUUUCCUGUUUCAGCAUGACAAUGCCCCCAUGCACAAAGCGAGGUCCAUACAGAAAUGGUUUGUCGAGAUCGGUGUGGAAAGACUUGACUGGCAUGCACAGAGCCCUGACCUCAACCCCAUCGAAUACCUUUGGGAUGCAGGUGUCCACAUACUUUUGUACAUGUAGUGAAGUUGUACACAUUCUACAGUAUGGUAUGAUGGUACAUUCAAACUGGGAUACUAUGUAUAGUUUGCAGUGGUUGUUUGUAUAGAAAGCUCUGGAAGUUCUUUGGUUCAGUGAGUAUCAGAAACAUUUUCAUGGGUUUAUAAUAUUUGUGUACUCUGCCACCUUCUGGUGAAAAGAUGUUAUGAUAUACACUAUAAUUCAAAAGUUUGGGGUCACUUAGAAUUGUCCUUGUUUCGAAAGAAAAGCAAUUUUUUUGUCCAUUAAAAUAACAUCAAAUUGAUCAGAAAUACAGUGUAGACAUUGUUAAUGUUGUAAAUGGCUAUUGUAGCUUUAAACGGCUGAUUUUUUAUGUAAUAUCUAUAUAGGCGUACAGAGGCCCAUUAUCAGCAACCAUCAGUCCCGUGUUCCAAUGGCACGUUGUGUUUGCUAAUCCAGGUUUAUCAUUUUAAAAGGCUACUUGAUCAUUAGAAAACCCUUUCGCAAUUAUGUUAGCACAGCGGAAAACUGUUGUGCUGAUUAAAGAAGCAAUACAACUGGCCUUCUUGAGACUAGUUGAGUAUCUGGAGCAUCAUCAAUUGUGGGUUCGAUUACAGGCUCAAAAUGGCCAGAAACAAAUAACUUUCUUUUGAAACUCGUCAGUCUGUUCUUGUUCUGAGAAAUGAAGGCUAUUUCAUGCGAGAAAUUGCCAAGAAACUGAAGAUCUCAUACAACGCUGUGUACUACUCCCUUCACAGAACAGCGCAAACUGGCUCUAACCAGAAUAGAAAGAGGAGUGGGAGGCCCCGGUGCACAACUGAGCAAGAGGACAGUUUGAGAAACAGACGCCUCACAGGUCCUCAACUGGCAGCUUCAUUAAAUAGUACCCACAAAACACCAGUCUCAACGUCAACAGUGAAGAGGCGACUCCGGGAUGCUGACCUUCUAGGCAGAGUUGCAAAGAAAAACCCAUAUCUCAGACUGGCCAAUAAAAAGAAAAGAUUAAGAUGGGCAGUCUGAGAUAUGGCUUUUUCUUUGCAACUCUGCCUAGAAGGUCAGCAUCCCGGAGGGCCUCCCACUCCUCUUUCUAUUCUGGUUAGAGCCAGUUUGCGCUGUUCUGUGAAGGGAGUAGUACACAGCGUUGUAUGAGAUCUUCAGUUCUUGGCAAUUUCUCGCAUGGAAUAGCCUUCAUUUCUCAGAACAAGAAUAGACUGACGAGUUUCAGAAGAACGUUAUUUGUUUCUGGCCAUUUUGAGCCUGUAAUCGAACCCACAAUUGCUGAUGCUCCAGAUACUCAACUAGUCUCAAGAAGGCCAGUUUUAUUGCUUCUUUAAUCAGCACAACAGUUUUCAGCUGUGCUAACAUAAUUGCAAAAUGGUUUUCUAAUGAUCAAUUAGUCUUUUAAAAUGAUAAACUUGGAUUAGCAAACACAACAUGCCAUUGGAACAGAGGACUGAUGGUUUCUGAUAAAGGGCCUCUGUACGGCUAUGUAGAUAUUCCAUAACAAAAUCUGCCGUUUCCAGCUACAAUACCCAUUUACAACAUUAACAAUGUCUACACUGUAUUUCUGAUCAAUUUGAUGUUAUUUUAAUGGACAAAAAAAAGUAAUUUUCUUUCGAAAACAAGGACAUUUAUAAGUGACCCCAAACUUUUGAAGGGUAGUGUAUGUAUAAUUGAGAUUGUCUGUGUGUUACCCUUAGGUUUGAGCUGAUGCGGAUGUGCUGGCAGUACAACCCCAAGAUGCGUCCCUCCUUCCUGGAGAUCAUCAACAGCCUCAAGGAGGAGCUGGAGCCUCCGUUCAGUGAGAUGAGCUUCUUCUUCAGCGAGGAGAACAAGCCCCCGGACACUGAGGAGCUGGACAUGGAGGUGGAGAACAUGGAGAACGUGCCACUGGACCCUGCACCCAGCAGACCCCCCACUGCUGUCCCUCAGCCCUCCCAGGGACCCAUGGGGGCCACACGGUGCUCAGCGCCCCCUCCUCCCCAGCAGUUAUCUCCAAUGCAAGGCCCAUCUAGUACCCUGGUGGGACCUGGCUCCCCCUCCACCUCAGCCCCUGUUGCCUCUGCCUCGGCCUCCCCAGGCCUGGCCUUGGACAAGCACUCAGCACAGGUAUCGGCCAACGGGCCAGUGGUGGUGCUGCGGCCCAACUUUGAGGACACGCAGAACUACGCUCACAUGAACGGGGGGCGCAAGAACGAGCGGGCGCUGCCACUGCCCCAGUCUUCAGCCUGCUGA